CGAUUACGAAAUUUCACUAAAACCAAGAGAUAGUGAUUAGCCAAAGGGUCGUUGCCUAUACCGAUAUUCGUACGUGUCAUUUCGAAUUUCGAUCUCUGGUCCCGUCUCUGACCCUGACGCUUCCACUCUUAUCAGCUCUUCAAGAAAAGACCUGCCGGGUUAGUUUCAAUUCAGAGGUGAUUUUCAUUCCGUCUGUGAAAUUGUUUUCUUCGCUGAGAUACGGAAUAGAAAGGAAAUCGCCCGGUAACUCCGUCAUGUCGUGUAUCGCCCGUCACCCCGAUGCGGACGCGGGCUGCUCGUUCUCGAAGGCGAAAUAACCGUUCGAGGAGGAUGUGAUCCACGGUAUGACGAGAAACGUUGAGUAGACUCACAGUUCGCAUUUUCCUUUCCACGACUCUCUUUUCAUCUGAGAUGGCUUUCCCGAGCUUGACGCAGGAGUACAUGCAGAUGCCCGUCGUGACGAGGGCUUACACGACGGCUUGCGUGCUCACGACUCUAGCCGUUCAAUUGGAACUAGUAUCGCCCUUCCAACUCUAUUUCAACCCAAUACUAAUAGUGAAACAGUAUCAGCUAUGGAGACUUGUGACAACGUUUCUGUUUUUUGGAACGUUUGGGUUCAAUUUCUUCUUCAAUAUGGUAUUUACAUAUCGUUACUGCAGGAUGCUGGAAGAAGGGAGCUUCAGGGGGCGCACUGCCGACUUUGUUAUGAUGUUUAUAUUUGGAGGUGUACUCAUGACUUUUUGUGCAUUUUUUGUAAAUCUUCUAUUUUUAGGUCAAGCGUUUACAAUUAUGUUGGUUUAUAUUUGGGCGCGACGAAAUCCUCUCAUUAGAAUGAAUUUUUUUGGACUAAUGAAUUUUCAAGCUCCAUUUUUGCCUUGGGUAUUGUUGGGUUUCUCCAUACUUCUUGGCAAUGCCGUUUGGGUAGAUCUGAUAGGGGUGGCUGUUGGGCAUACGUACUACUUUUUGGAAGAUGUUUUACCAAACCAAAGAAGAGGUUUUAGACUACUUAAAACACCGAGAUUCCUGAAGCAGUUAUUUGACCCGCCCGUUGAAGACCCAGACUAUACAGCGUUACCAGAAGAAAGACCUGGAGGAUUCAAUUGGCAGGCGAAUAAUCCGGGCCCUGUCCACUAAUGUUCCAGCGAGAUUUUUUCCAAUCCCAUUUAUAAGACAACAAAUAAAUUGACUUGGCUCAAUUGUUAU